CUCUGCAUUCCCAUCUUCUUCAACCUCUCUCUCUCACUCACUCUCACUCUCACUCUCUCUCUCUCUCUCUCUCUCUCUCUCUCUCUCUCUCACACACACAAAGCGCAAAUGACAAAAUUCAGGAAGCUCAAUCGGCCUACCGGCCACAGAAUGUCCAUGCUCAGGACAAUGGUGUCGCAACUAGUGAAGCACGAGCGGAUCGAGACAACAGUUGCGAAGGCGAAGGAAGUUCGUAGGCUUGCUGAUAAUAUGGUGCAGCUCGGAAAAGAGGGUACAUUAUGUGCUGCCAGGCGUGCUGGGGCCUUUGUUCGUGGGGAUGAUGUCAUCCACAAGUUAUUUACAGAGUUGGCCUAUCGAUACAAGGAUAGAGCAGGUGGAUACACAAGAAUGCUUCGAACUCGUAUACGAGUUGGUGAUGCUGCACCGAUGGCAUACAUUGAGUUUAUAGAUAGGGAGAAUGAACUUAGGCAAGCUAAGCCACCAACCCCACCACCACCGCAGAGGGCAGCCGUGGAUCCAUGGACUAGGUCGCGACUCACCAGACAAUAUGCGCCACCUAAAGAGGAGAAGACCUCAGACUCUGAUAGUUGAGUUAUGUCCUCACAGUUGGAAUUCUGUAAUUUUCAUUACCUUGAAAAGUUUUUUUUGCUGAAUUACUCCACAUUUUGCAUUAUACUAGCUAGUAUCAAAUAUCCAAACUGAAUUUUGAAUCGAAAAACAAAAGUAACAAACAAACACACACCCAUAUUAAUUUGUUAAUGCCAGGAUAUGUCUAAGAGCAUCCACAGUGGGGCGUCUUAAAGCUCGCCUUAUGCACCGUCACGUCAGCAUUUUAUCCUCCUGCCCUUUCACCUACAGUGGGGCGCCCUAAGCAUUUUCUUCUAUUUGGCGUGUGGCCCUUUGUGUCAUCAUUUAAUUUCAAGUUAACAAUGUUUUUCUGUGAGUGACACUCACACCCAUUGCUCCUCGCGGCCAAUCAAGAGGCAUGUGUGGCGCCAUCAUUUUUAUUAGUGGUUAUUUAUAUCCGAUUUUGAUUAUUUUUUUAAUUUUCUUAAGGUUAUUUAUAUGUUUUUUUUAUUUUUGAAAAUUUUCAUUCUCCUUAAAUUAUACUUUCGAUGAAUAUAAACUGAUUAUAUCAAUAAAUUAUAGUGGUUAAUAUUAAUUUAAAAAUAAAAAAUGAGUCUUGACAGUCACGUGGGGAAUUCAAGUCAGAAAAAAUUGGGGAUGAUUUUUUUUGUUCGUUAGUUACCUGUGUUUUGAUACAAUUAAUUAGCCACAAAAUCUGGUGUAAUACAGUAAUACUAAUAGUCUCUGUCUAUGAGUAAUUAUUUUAUUUUAAUUUUAUUUUAAAAAAUGUAAAGAAAAGUAAUUGUAAAAAAUUAAAAGAUGAGACCUUUAUAUAUUUCAAAUUUUAUAGUGAUAAAAUGUAUGGAUAUAACUUAAUGUAGGAGUGUAAAAUUCAUUUAUAAAAAUAGUAAAAAUGAAAUCUGAUUAAAAUUGUGAAAUAUUUAAUGAGAGAGGAAGUUAAUAUUAAUAGAUUAGUCAAAAAACCAUCUCUCUACUUUCAUGCUUAUUUCUGUCGAGAUUUUGUACUUAUUAAUUAGACUCUCUCAUCUAUUUAGCUCGGGUUUGGGGUUUAAUUUGUGAGGAUUUUGGCUGCAGAAGCGAUAGAAUAGAAAACAGUGCCAAGCUCGUACUCAAAUCCCGAGCAUUACAGCGGUUGGAAUUACCGGAAGCUCGCGGUCGCAGUUCAGCACCUUCUCCAGAAUGGAUUUGAUCCGGCUCCGGGCUCGGAACAAUCGAUUUGUGUCUUUGUGAUGAAGAAUUGAUACUUGCUAUUGAUCGAGUGUUGAUGUUUUGCAACUCUUUUUUUUAUUUUUCUUGUAGUAAUUGGUUUAAUAACUGAUGGAGUUAGAUCGCAAAUGUUACAUUGAAAUCUUACAUCUUUUUUGUAUCAGGAAUUGCUUAAGUCAUUUCCACCCGAUGGAGUUUGGUGUUCGGUUGGGUAAUGUAGUCAUUCUGACCUGCUUGCAUUUGGCUCUGCGUUUUCCAGAGCUUUAUAACAGAACUAAAGAAGAUUUCAGAGGAAGAUGAACUUCUGAUAUGAUAGGAGUAUAUACUACUUUUAGUAAUUAUUCUGCCUGGCAUAACCGAAGUUGAUCUUUUGUCCAGACGAUACAGAAAGCUUUGAUCAUGUUAAGUGCUGAGAGAAUGUAGCAUUUCAUCAUGGUAGAUAGUCAUUACUUGGGCAAUACAAGGCAAAUGGCUCGUGGUAAAGACAAGGUACACUUGGGCCAGAAAAAUCCAUGCUCAGUUGAAUAUUAUACGCAAGCCUAUGGAAAUAUGUGAAUAUAAAGGGUUGGAAGCUCUGCAACCACUCUCCUGCUUGAAGCUUGGCAACAACAGACUCGGCCGUUAUACAUCCCUGCAACCCUUGAAAAGGCUCAAGUCAUCACAAGUAUUGAAUUUAUCAUUUAUCAUAUAUAUAACGAGAUUGGCGCUCACUCUAUCGACGCAAGAAGAUAUACUCUUCAAGGACUUGAACUUGUUACAAUGAGAUAUUGUGGGAAAUGCAGUUGUUGUCUCGUUGAUGCGGGGUUGAAAGCGUUUCUGCUCAAAGUUGAUGUCAGCAUUGAAGUAGUUUGAUGGUGAGAGAUGCCAGUAGAUUAGUAUCACUCUUCUCAUAUUUCUUUCUUCAACUAUACCAAAAAGUCAAAAACACCUAGUUAUGAGAUGCUUCUCAAAGAAAUCGUUCCAUCUGUUUAUUGUCCAAUAAGAGCGAAUACUAUUUCACUAUAUAUUAAAUGAGAUUUAUCUUCCAUUAA